AUGGCUGAAGUAGAGCAGAUCAUUCAUCAUAUCUUUGGAGAGUGUCAACAGUUCAGGUGCAUUAUCAUACAAGUUAACAGGAUCGAAAUCGUCAUCAACGGGAGACACGCGAUGCUGAAAUCACAUCAAAAUACUUCGCCUGUAAACACGGCAAAGGUGAUACUUAGAAACGGCUGGAAAAUAAAGAAGGUGGGAGAAAAUAGGCCGUCCAGUCCAUCUCUUGAGCCUUAG